UUUCAGUGCCGUUCACAUCCAGAUCGCGAGAAGAUGAGCGAUGGCAACAGAAAACAAACCUGGGGACGAAUUUGACACUGUUUUCGGUCAAAAUGAUUCCUUAGAGCUGUCUUCGCACCACGAUUAUGAGACUGUACACGCUCGGAUUUUCAAGAUAAUAGUCAUAGGAGAUUCAAAUGUGGGAAAGACCUGUUUGACUUACAGAUUCUGCGGGGGCACUUUCCUGAAAAACCCGGAGGCAACGAUCGGGGUCGAUUUCAGAGAGAGGACGCUGGAGCUUGAUGGGGAGGCUAUCAAGUUGCAGAUCUGGGACACGGCAGGUCAGGAGCGUUUCAGGAAGAGCAUGGUGGAGCACUACUACCGCAGCGUCCAUGCCGUCAUCUUCGUGUAUGACGUGACCAGCCUCUCCUCCUUUGAAAGCAUACCUGAGUGGAUUGAAGAGUGCAGCCGACACUGUGUGGGCCCCCUCGUGCCCCGUGUGGUGGUGGGAAACAAGUGCGACCUGAGGGACCGCCGGGAGGUCCCCACCACGGCUGCCCAGUGUCUUGCCGACAGCUACAACUUCCCACUCUUUGAGACUUCAGCCAAAGAACCUGCUGAGAAGGAACAUGUUGAUGCCAUCUUUCUAACUUUGGCUUAUAGACUGAAGAGCCACAAACCCCUGAGACUGAAGCAGCCAAGUGAGAGUAAUGUCAGUUAUCUGUGGAACCAGAGAGAGCAGGAAGCAGCAACUUGCCAAUGCUGAUAUCACCUCCAUCCUGUAUGGAUCAAUAAUGGUGCUGAGGAAAUCAGCAUUUCUUGCUAACGCUGAGACUGAAUUCAGAAAGGCCUCUUAUGAUCAUGAGAUAGAAAAAUGAAGAAACAUACUAUGGUUUUACACUUUUCCCUGCCUGAUGCAAGGCACAGCUUGUGACACUAUGAUCCUAUAUGUUUUUCACAAUAUUAAAUCAACAUUUCAAUGAAAUGCAUGAAUGGAAAUGGAGGUAUGCCAGACAUUUGUAGCUCAAACUGCACAUAAAAUCACUUUGAGUCAAAGAACAGAGCAUUGCAGAGUGCACUUUAAUUCGUAGACAAAUUAUAUGCAAUCAGCCGUCUAUAGUACACAACUUAUCUACAGUAUUCAAUGCAGACAGUAAAGGGACAAAAUAGAAGUAAGUAAAGGGACCAAUAAGGUAAAUUGAAACUGUGAAAAAAAAACUGUGCAAUCAUUUUCUUUAAGUUAUGUUUUUUAAAGUGAUAUUUCAGUUCUUAAAAAAUAAAAUGCAGCAAUGGUGAUGUUGCUGAAUGUGUAUUUCUCAGAUAUAAAUAUGAACAUAACCAGCUUUGUGUUCACUCAUUCACCUACACAGUUCUUUGGAGAGAGUUCACAAAUGACAAAAUGUAGCGGUCUUUUGGGACAAAAUGCAAAUCCACAUAGUUCACUUGAAAAGCAUGAGUGAACACAUGCUCAGCUGUCUUUGAAAAAUGUUAUGCUGUAAUGUAUUUAAUGGUAUGAGAUAAAAUCACAACUGACUUUUUUGCAUGUGUAUAAUAAUGCAAAUACUUUCCAGAUAUUUGUGAAUAUGUUAAGUUGCAAAUGAAUAAAAGUGGUUUUAUCAGUAAAAUUU